AUGCCUCCUGUACCUAUAUACCCUGCUAUAAUAGGAUCCGAUAUUGCUGGUGUUGUCGUCAAGCUUGGCGCGAAUGUCACUACGGUCCCUGGCCCAGGAAGCCGAGUCAUUGCCUUUGCCUCAUCAUUCUACCAGAACGGAUCUCCAGACCACGGCUCCUUCCAAAAGUACAGAUUGGCACAAUCUGAAGCUGUCAUUCCACUUCCAGACAAUCUCUCCUUCGAGGAGGGUGCGGUCUUCCCCUUGGCCGUCUUGACGGCCUUGACUGCCUGGACCACAGUUGGCAUUCCGCUCGACACCAAGUACACUCCCGCCGACAAACAAGCGGUCCUGAUCUGGGGCGCAUCGAGCAGUGUCGGCACGUUUGCCGUUCAAUCGGCCAGGACCCUAGGCUUCAAGCACCACGAUCUCGUCAGGAAGCUCGGGGCCCAUGCGGUAUUUGAUUACAGAACAAGCCAUAUCGUUUCCCAGAUUGUCAGCACCGUAAAGAAAGACGGCGUCAAGCUGCACACUGCACACUGCGUUGUUGAUGGAGCUCUGCAGUCAACAUUAAAAGUCCUCAAGAAGACCAAGGGCAAUGCACACGCCAAGGUUGUACACUCGGCCCUUCUCCCAGAAGGACACCCUACCCUCGACAACACGCAGAUCACUUUCAACUUUCCUUCCAUGGAUGAGAUCGCGCGGAACAAGCACAUUUACGACAUCUUCAAUGGGUGGCUGAAGAUUGGCCUGCAGUCCGGUGAAGUAAUCCCCAGCCCCAAUAUCCAGAUUGAGGGUGGUGGUCUGGGUGGAUUACACGUAGCACUGGACAAGCUGAAGGGUGGUGUCAGUGGGACUAAAAUAGUUGUGCCAGUCUAA